AUGUAUACAGUCUUCAAAGGCUCAUAUACAGGCGUAAUCAUCAAAGAGGAGCUCACCAUCCCUGAGCUCCAGCAAGACGAGGUUCUCGUGAAGAUCACACAUAGUGGACUUUGCGCCACAGAUGAGCUUUUUCGAAACGAUCCUGUAGCGCUUGGUCAUGAAGGCAACACAAAAAUCUCCAUAGGAGCCGGCCACGCCAUAGCCCUUGGCCCGGACGUACGUACUGUUGAAAUCGGCGACGCCGUAGCAUUUGGCCUUCAGCACUCUUCCUGCGGGUCCUGUGCGCAAUGUUUGUCCGGAAACGACAACUACUGCCCCUUGCGACGACUUCAAGGCUUCGACGAUCCUGAUCUAGGCUCCUUUUCUACGCAUGCCAUUGUCAAGGCUUCAUUUCUAUUUCGGAUUGAAGGGCCUAUGGAUCUUCGACAUGCCGCGCCACUCAUCUGUGCAGGAGCUACUGUUUUUGGACCCAUGUGCGUGUAUGACGUGCGGCCAGAACACCGCGUUGGGAUCAUUGGUUUUGGCGGGCUAGGACAUUUGGCUGUUCAAUUUGCUGCAAAGGUGGGUUGUGAGGUUGUAGUUUUCUCCAGGACGGACGCGAAGAAGAAAGAGGCCAUGGAGAUGGGAGCCACGGAGUUUGUUGUCACACAGAUUGAACGAAGUUUGGAAAUUCUCGAGGGCAGGAAAAGAGGAAUUGAUCAUUUGUUUCUCACGAGCAGUGUAUUGGUUGAUGACUGGGAUUUUCUCCUCAACCUACUGAAUCCCGGCGGAGCUGUCCAUCUUUUGACUGCGUCACCGGGAAGUGAUUUGGUGAUGCCAUACACCACGAUUGUCCGGCAGGGGCUGAAGAUCCAGGGUUCGCUGAUUGCUCCACGACAUGCGGUGAGAAAAAUGCUGGACUUUGCUCUUUGGCAUAGUAUUCGACCCGUGGUUCAGGAGUGGCCCAUGACGAUCGAAGGGAUUACAGAGGCCAUGGAAACGUUGAAGCUGGGGAAGGUACGGUAUCGUGCGGUGCUUGUCAAUGACACUUGA